CGCAUGCGCAUUUUGUGCAACAAACGUGGCAGACGGCGUUGUUAUGUGUUUCUAGAGCGGUUCGGCGUUGAAAAACUGUGAUCCCAACUUUUCAAGUUUCAGGCGCGCUUCAAGAACAGAAAAAAUGCAUCCAGUGUACAUAGCGCUAAGGACGGCCGUCUUGGUGUUGUGCAUCGCUUACACCCGUGCCCUGUUCAUCACCGUAGACGCUCACGCCGAAGAGUGCUUCCACGAUGAGGCGAAAUCCGGCACCAAGAUGGGUCUCACGUUCGAAGUCGCCGAAGGCGGAUUCUUAGACAUCGACGUGAAGAUCACCGGGCCCGAUGGUAAAGUGGUUUACUCCGGAGAGCGCGAGUCUAGUGGGAAAUACACGUUUGCGGCCUACGCCGACGGAGUCUACCGCUACUGCUUCAGCAACGCCAUGUCCACGAUGACUCCGAAGAUCGUCAUGUUCUCCAUGGACAUCGGGGACGCCCCGACCAAAACGCAAGAAGGAGAGGAAGUGCAUGAAAACAAGCUGGAAGACAUGAUCAAGGAGCUGUCUACAUCUAUGACUGCCGUGAAGCACGAGCAGGAGUACAUGAUGGUCAGGGACCGCAUCCACAGAUCCAUCAACGACAGCACCAACUCGAGGGUUGUGAUGUGGGCCUUCUUUGAAGCCAUCGUGCUCAUUGCCAUGACAUUGGGCCAGGUCUACUACCUGAAGCGGUUCUUUGAAGUUCGAAGAGUUGUGUGAUUGGAAUCGACGAAAGGGUGGCAUGCGUGGUGUUCGCUCGCAGGAGUUGGGGAAGGGGAGUGCAAGACUUAAUCACGUGACUUCUGCAUUGCCUGUGAAAUUGAGUUCAGUGUGAUCUUUUCUUUUUUCUUACCCCAUUAUAGUGCCUGUUUUCUUUCUCUUAAAUUCUUGCGACUUUAGUUCCCGCCACAUGUUUUACUCUACUUCUGGUUCCUGUUUAGAAUGAAGCCAGGUUUUUUUCUUCAGCACAUAAGUCGUACACUGAUCUGGACACUCAGUGGUUUGAUUAAAACCAAUUGUUUCUUUUUGGAAA